CAGUUAACCACACUACCUGCGGGUUGAUUAAUACCACAAUGGCCCUAGACUCCAAGGUUAAUAAUCAAAAUCGGACAAGCCCAUCCUGCGAGCCCGACGACAAAGACAACUAUUCCACCGAAGACGAAGAGGAAGUACUAUUCGAGCUAGACGAAGAAGCCAUGGCACAACUCCCACACAACCUUCAAGGUAUCAUGCGCCGAAUCCACCUCGAGCGACUACAGCGACUGAGAAUAGAGCAGCCAAAUGGACGGUUCCGCAGACAGCACAAGACUACAAGGCCGUCGCGACGGUAUGCGACUGCGCCGUCUCGACUCCCACCCUCCCAACCGUGGGCAUUUCCGAGUAGCUACCGUGGAAUGCAAACCCGAGGGUUUCCCAGGCUAGUUGAUAUGACAUGGUGCAGGUGUGCAGUUUGCCGGAGCGUGCGGGCCAUAGACAACAAGUGCGAUGUGCGUGCUCUUUACGGGUCUGGGUUGAGCGGCAUGGCGAACUUUAGCAAUGCAACACUUCCGGAUUAUACGGGUGCAUCGAGAUUAGAUACUACAGCACAGAUCGGUGAGAAUAGACGUCGGAGUGAGCCUCUGUUGCAGAAAUUACGAUCGAGCGGUACGCAUCAUGGAUACGAAGCAGACGAAGAUGAGAAAACGUGGCGGCAGAAGGAGAAUCUCUACUCCAAGUUCUGCAAGAAACGCACGUCCACUAUGUGGAGCCUGCGCAAUCGAAUGUCCAGGGGGUUUCAUACAAUGAACAAGAUAUUCAGGAGGUGAUUUAUUGAUGAUGCGCAGGUCAUUCUGGCGGGUUGGUUGGGAACCCCUGGGAGGCGGGGGAGCCAUCGGGAAACGGAUACGGAUCACUUGGGAGUAGCUGCUCUUUUAUGGUGAAAUGCUAAUUCUAG